CUGAGCUGUCAUCGUAUUGCGAAAAAAAUAAAAGGCAAAAGCUCUUCGUCAAGACUGAUAUUAUUCAAAAUUAUCUAUGCUUUUGUAAAUUGAAAAGCAGCUACCACUUUCUAUACGAAACAGUAAUAUCUAAUAAUCCUUAUUCAUUCUUUGGUGAAACGAAUCCUCUACCUACUGUUAUAAUCCUUAAUAGAAUAUUGUGUAUAGGUUAAUUGUCGUGGUCGAUCCAUCCAUUUAAAUCAGAUGAUUGUAAUUAUAAAUCCCAGUGAAUUAACGUAUCAUAUUCUACUUUGCUGUAAACGCGUCGGUCAUGUCCGAUACUAAAUCUGGCAUGACAAGCUACAUUUCCUCAGAGGAAGAUCAGCAAUCCCCUGACAUGUUCUCUGAUGAUAACAUUGAGGCAUCUAAUUCGAGCGAAGCAGCUGGUCUAAAUGAAUCAGAACCACCGUCGGAUGUACCAGAAUGGAAAGGAUUGAGCUUAGAUGAAAUACACAAGGGUUUGGGUAAAUUUGAUUACGAACAGGUGGCCCCAAUUGUUGCUUCUUCGCGGCACACAGUGUUAUUUGUGAUACCAGUUACUGGACGUGGACCACCCAAACCACAUCCAGAUCAACAAAAGGAUAAAUGGAGCCCAGGGUAUGUCCGGAUGCCACAUUCGACUCAUAGUUUAUACCCAAAUAAUCACACGAAUGGAAAUAACGGAUUCAGACAGCGGUGGGAGGUGAUACAAGAAGCAUUGCUUCGGAACUUUGUAUCGAGCCAUCAGCUCGAAGUUGCCAUACUAUCCUAUAAUCAAAAAUAUGCUCAGCGAUGGGAUUUUUCUGCAUUACAUCACUUCUUUUCAGAUGUUGUCGAGGAGGAAGUAGCAGCACUCUUCUGCGAUGGAUUACUCCCAAAGAUAAUACAGCUAGCCUUACAACUCCCAGUCUUAGUCACAGGCCCAAUACCACUUUUGAAACGCCACACAAACGUUGCUCUGAGUCUCAGUCAGCUGCAGGUGGGAUCUCUAUUGGCUAACGCUUUUCUCUGCACGUUUCCACGCCGAAAUUCAACAAACCCACAAUCUGAAUAUGCUAUGUAUCCAGAGAUUAAUUUCAACAGACUGUUUGGAGCAUUUGAAGAGGGAAGAUUAGAUAGAUCAGAGGCGGUAAUGGAGAAGUUGAAGUGCAUCUUUCAUUACUUCCGACGGAUUACUACGAAAGCCCCGGAGGGUGUGAUAACCAUUCAAAGGCGAUAUAUUCCAAAAGAAAAUUGUCCUCGAUGGAAUAGGCAAGAUGUUCGAUUACCUCCGCUGCAUAUCACAAGCAAUGGAACAAUCGAAACUGAAGGAGCAGGUCUUCUACAAGUUGACUUUGCCAAUAAAUAUAUAGGUGGUGGUGUAUUGGGCUGGGGUUGUGUUCAAGAAGAGAUACGAUUCGUCAUUUGUCCUGAACUUAUGGUGAGCAUGCUGGUGGCAGAAGCACUAGAUGAUACAGAAGCUGUUAUAGUGACUGGGGUUGAACGAUACAGCAGCUAUGAAGGUUACAGCGAUACUUUCAAAUGGACUGGCGACUUUGUCGAUGAAACUCCUAGAGAUAGUAGUGGAAGACGACGUACUUCUAUUGUUGCUAUCGAUGCUUUGCUGUUUAAACAAUCCCAUACACAAUUCACAACUACAAACAUUAUACGGGAACUCAAUAAGGCUUACGUUGGAUUUGGCUCAUCUGAAAUACCCAGAGGUAGUCUAUCUGCAAUAGCUACCGGUAAUUGGGGCUGUGGUGCUUUCAAAGGUAAUCCAGAACUAAAAGUAUUGCUGCAGUUGAUGGCUGCAGCUGUUGCUGGAAGAUCAAUGGUGUAUUUCACAUUUGGGGAUACCGAUCUUAGAGACAAAGUAGCUGCUAUGUACUGGCAUCUCAUAGAGCGAAAUGUUGACGUUGGGCAAUUAUUUAUUCUUUUAUGUGAGAAUCAAACGUGCGCAUCGAAUUCUGAACAUUCAUAUUUGGAUUUUUACCAUUCCUUGUAUAAACGGAGCAAAAUGAAGCCGCUCACGAGUUACUUCAGCAAAAUAAGUAAUAAGACCACAACCGGAGUUGUCGCGAUGCAUAAAAACGGGAGCAAUAAGAUUUCUGACAAACUCCACGUUACAGUUGAUGAUUAUAAAAUGGUGACAUGCUUUACUUCAAAUGCUAAAGUAAAAGAAGACACAAAAGAAGAAGAAAUAAGAAAGUGGAUAGAUGACGAUUCUAUUGAAGCAGAGUUUAAUACGGACUUCAACCUGGAUACUGUUUCAGAAAAUUCGAGUGCUAAGCCGAUUAUUACAACUACAAAAGAUGAGGUAAAGGAUACAGCUAAUGCUAAAGUAGAUGUCGAGCAGGUCGAUAGAGAAAUUGAAGGACCCGUUGUGCCGAAUAUUGAUGAAACAGCAAGUUGUGUCAAUAGCAGCCGAUCUCGAUUUCAAUUAUCUAGUACGCCAAAAGUUAGGCCAAGAGACCUGAGUGAUGUAGAGCGCAAGGCAUUUGAGCAAGACUUAUUAGAUGAUCAGGAAAUGAACAGAGCAAAGAAGCCACGAUUAUCUGAUCUUGAUUCGAUGGGAAGAAAUAAUACUAGCGAGCCUUCAGAAAAGCAAACUGUUGAAGAGCUCACACUAUUGGUAAAUAAUAUAAACGAUCAAAAAGUAAAAGUAACGCAAAAAAAGCAGAAAAAAAUUUCGGAUUUUUUUACAUGAGUUAAUGAGGAUUGCUGUAAGGCCCAAAAUAAUAAUUCUCCGACCCGCCGUACGAUGUACAUAUUGAAUACUACUUAUUUAAUAAAAAAAAGUUUGAUUUUUA